AUGCACGCCUUUCUCACCCUCCUCGCCCUAACCGGCCUAACACUAGACCUCACCUCCGCCAGCGCAGACCCCGCAAAAGCCCGCGUCACCACCCCCCCAAGCACCCCCCCUCUCUUCCGCCGGCAAGACGGAUCCUCCGACGUCUGCCCCGAGGGCGACUACACCAUGUGCCCGGACGGCUUCGGGUGCUGCGAGCGCGGCGCCCCCUGCACGACGAUCCGGGGCGAGCCAGCGUGCGAUACGGAGUGCAGCGGGCUGCCGUGCGGCGACUCCGGGCUUUGCUGCGAUGGGACGUGUACGAGGUCACUUGGGAGCGCGAUUUGUUUGGUGGGGGGGUUGGAUUUUCCGACGCUUACGGCUACGGUUGAUGAGGAUGGGAGCUCUACGAGUGGGAGUGUGACGAGUACGGGGUCGAGCUUUGAUGGGGAUGAGGAGGAUGAGACGACCACGACGAUGGAUAGUGAGACUGAGAGUGAGACUGAGACUGAGACUGAGACUGAAACAAGCACGAGCACAAGGAGCACAACCAGCACGGUGACGGAGAACGAUGUCAUCCCUGGGGAGACGGGGUCUGCUGAUGAUGAGGACGAUACCUCCUCGGCGGCACCCACGCAGACACUCUUCAAUGGUGGUGACGAUGGGUCCGUGGAUACGGGAAGUAACCCCGAUGAGCCGGGUGCUGCUACCGGCCUCUCGGUCAGUUAUGCCCUCACGGCGAUGGUUGUUGGGUUGAUUGGGGGAGCAGCUAUACUGCUGUAG